ACUUUAAUAAGUUUUAAUUUUCAUUUUUAGUGCCCGUCGUCAGCGCAUCGUCGUAUCUGAGAAACGUCAUUAGGAUUUCGAGAAAAACGUGCUGCUAAUGUGAUGGUUAUACAUUAUUGAAGUUCGGGUGCGAAUAACAUAAGAAAGUAAGGGCAAAAGACCGUUUUGGAAGAUACUAUACAUACACAAGUGACAAUGUGCAUUGUGCGAGGGCAAUAAAGUAAAUAAACAGGUUUUGAUGGACCAGCGAUGAUAAAAAAAUGUGCACUGCUUUGAAAUAAGGAUGGUUGCAGUGCGUCGGUAUCUCGAGUUGUAAAUGCGAGCGAUAUGGAUCAGUCUGACGACAUGGUGUCGAGCGAGCUGGAGUCAACGCUGGGCCAGACGUCGAAAAAGGCCAAACCGAGUCAGCGUAUACCAAAGUGCACGCGCUGCCAGAAUCACGGGAAAAAGGUGGAGGUUAAGUUCCACAAGCGCGAGUGCGAGUAUAGAUACUGCCUCUGCGAGAUGUGCAUCCUUACAAUGAAGAAACAGCAGAUAAUGAAGGUGCAGACAGCCCAGAGAAGGGCGAGACAACAAUAUGAAAUGCUGAUGGAGAUGAAGAAGAAGAAGGCGAAAUCGAAGGACUCGGAGACGCCACCGGCGCCGAGUAUCAGCGGCAGCAACGACAGCAACAGCAGCGACAUGCCCAGCCUCAGCAAUCAUAACAGCAACAGCGAGUCGGGUAGGGGCAUCAACGAGCCUGUGGUUAACGUACCGAUACUACAAAAUCGGCCACCCCUGCUGCCCCACACGACCUCGCCCAGCACGCCGCUCUUCGAGCCCGAAUCAAAUACAGAACAAGUAGAAGUUUUAUUGGGAUAUAGCAAAAAAUUAUUGCAACGGUUUGGAUAUCCUUGGGAGUCGUUGUCCUUGAUGUACGUAAUUUUAAAGGACUCUAGGGUAGACGUUGAAGUAGCCAUGCGGCGAAUAAUUAAAGCCGAAAGUAUUCCUCAUCCAGAAGCUUAUUCAACGCUCAUUAUGAUCUAAUUAAUUAUUUUUCUAAAAAAUCAUUUCCAACUACA